AUGAUUUUGCCAUUCGAUCCGAUUGCCCCUGUCACCACCGACGGCGAUUUACCGACUUUGGCUAUGUUCUGCGUCGACUGGUCGAAACAGACACCGCUUUUCAAGUCGCGAAUCCGAAGCUUCCCCUGGUCCAACUGCACCGUUGCGACGAAUCUGCCAUCUCUUGGGACACAUCCGUAUGCGCAACCGUUCAUCUCGAGCUCAAUUCUGCUGCCGUUCUCCGGCUACCACGUCGCCAAACUCCACAUCCGAGACCCUUCGCCCUCGCAAGAGACCACCAUGACGCGUCCUUGGCUGGCAAUGAGCUGCACCACUUCUCGCCUGCCAUCACCCCAUGCCUUCUUGGCCUUCGAUUCGCUGAUAUGA